AUGGAUGGAAAAGCGAGCAUGGUCCCUUUCCUCUUCUUCACCUUCUUCCUCUCCCUCUCUUCAUCCCACCCGGCCCCACCCCUCCAAUCUCAAACCCUAGUCCUCAAUCGCCUCCCUUCCCCUCCUCAAUCCCUCUCCUGGUCCGACGCAGACGAAGAAUCCCAGCCCUUAACUUCAUCGCCCGGCGGCGGAGAUCCGGGAUCUGCAGACUCCAUUUUCUCCGUUCAGCUGCACCAUGUCGAUGCUCUGUCGUCCAACACAACUACGCCUCAGCAGCUCUUCAAUUCCAGGCUCCUCCGCGAUGCUUCCCGUGUCAAGAGCAUCGAAUUCGUCUCUGCUGCCGCCGUCGGCAGAGGAGCUGCUGGAGCUGGAUUCAGCAGCUCAGUGAUUUCCGGACUCGCGCAAGGCAGCGGUGAGUACUUCACACGCCUCGGCGUCGGCACUCCGCCGAGGUACGUGUACAUGGUUCUGGAUACAGGGAGCGACAUCGUUUGGCUCCAGUGCGCUCCCUGCAAAAAGUGCUACUCCCAAGCCGACCCGGUUUUCGACCCGAGAAAGUCCAGCUCAUACGCCGGGAUCCCUUGCGACGCUCCGAUCUGCCGCCGCCUGGAUUCCCCAGGCUGCAAUUCCAGGAAGAAGACGUGUCUCUACCAGGUCUCGUACGGGGACGGUUCCUUCACCACCGGCGAUUUCUCCACCGAGACGCUGACGUUUCGCAGGACGCGCGUCGCGCGCGUGGGGGUCGGGUGCGGCCACGACAACGAGGGCCUGUUCGUCGGAGCGGCGGGUCUGCUGGGGCUCGGGCGGGGAAAGCUGUCGUUCCCGUCGCAGACCGGCCGUCGAUUCAACCGGAAAUUCUCCUACUGUUUGGUGGACCGGUCGGCGUCGGCCAAGCCGUCGUCGAUGGUGUUCGGCGACAAGGCGGUGUCCCGCACCGCUCGCUUCACGCCGUUGAUUUCAAAUCCCAGGCUGGACACGUUUUACUACGUGGAGCUUCUCGGGAUCAGCGUGGGCGGUACACGUGUCCCGGGGAUCACGGCGUCUCUUUUUAAGCUCGAUCCGACGGGGAGCGGCGGGGUGAUCAUCGAUUCGGGUACCUCCGUAACCCGACUGACCCGACCCGCGUACGUCUCCCUUCGCGAUGCGUUCCGGGUUGGGGCGGGGAACCUGAAGCGGGCUGCCGACUUCUCUCUGUUCGACACCUGCUUCGAUCUGUCGGGGAAGACGGAGGUGAAGGUGCCGACUGUGGUCCUCCACUUCCGAGGCGCCGACGUGUCGCUGCCGGCGUCGAAUUACCUGAUCCCCGUGGACACCUCCGGCACGUUCUGCUUCGCGUUCGCCGGUACGAUGAGCGGGUUGUCGAUCAUCGGGAACAUUCAGCAGCAAGGGUUCCGGGUCGUGUACGACUUGGGCGGGUCGAGGAUCGGGUUCGCUCCUCGUGGGUGCGCCUGA